AUGAGACAAAUUCGUUCUCAAGAGUCAAACGAAAGUCAUGAGACUCGAAUCAUAAGUGCUCGGCAACGUCAGGCUAUAAGUCGGGACUUAGAAAGUUCAACUCAACGGGAAGCUCGACUUUUAUCACAGCGUGCAAGAACAGCGACUUUUAGAUCACAAGAAAUGGAAGAGGAACGUGAAGUGCGGCUAUUUGCGGAUCGCGAGCGGCAUGUGCUGUCACUUCCAUCACUGAAAGAUUUAAUUUCGUCUGUGUAUGGCAAUAUUAUAGAAAUAACUCAUCAAACAGCUUCAUGGCUAUACGAAAGAACUAUUUUGGGCCUACGGAACGACCAAGCGGUGGCUAUAAAUUCUGAAAUAUUGAGACACGUUCAUGGUGAAAGUUUCAAAUACACGUCUAUUGACACUGUCAUUGAAGAAGAUGACGCUACCAACUACCCAUUAGAGUUUUUAAAUUCCAUAAGCACGCCUGGUCUUCCAGCACAUAAAAUUGCUUUAAAAGUAGGCAACCCCAUAAUCUUGCUCAGAAAUUUAUGUCCACCUAAGCUUUGUAAUGAGACUCGACUAAAGGUCAAUGACAUUUUGUUGCAAAAGGAAAUUGCAACAAAAUGUCAUUGA